AUGGACAGCACCUGCACAGCAGCAGGUAGCAGCAAGAUUCGAUGCUCCUUGAGUUUUACCAUGCUGCCCAAGGACAACAAUGAUGGGGACACCGGCCCUCAGUGUCUGUGCCUUGGCCCUGGGGCUGGGGGCAGGGAAGUUCCCAGCACAACAACGUGGAAGAAAAAUGCUGGAAAGUCUGCCAAGAAAGACAAAAAUACAGUGAACAAAUCUGGGAGCAAGGCCAAAAAGAAGAAGUGGAACAAAGGGAAAGUUUGGGACAAGCUCAAUAACCUAAUCUUGUUUGACAAAGCACCAUAUGAUAAAGUCUGUAUGGAAGUUUCCAACUACAAGUUUAUAACCCCAGCUAUUGUCUCUGAGCAACUGAAGAUCCACAGUUCCUUGGCCAGGGCAGCCCUUCAGGAACUCCUCAGUAAAGGACUUAUUAAACUAGUUUCAAACCACAGAGCUCAAGUAAUUUAUACCAGAAACACCAAAGGUGGGGAUGCCCCAGCUGUUGGUGAAGAUGCAUGAACCACAGGUCCCACCAGCUGUACAUUUUGAAAAAUAAAAUAUUAUUAAA